UGCGUCUCGCGCGACCCCGGCUGUGCCGACCACCGCUAAACAUACGAUCAACUAAUUUUACAUGCCAGUGUUUUUCAAUUUCCCGAACCGUAUACUGAAAAAUCAUAUACACAUUUAAAACGAAUAAUCGGUCAUCUUAAUUGUCUGACGAAACAUAACCAUAGCGAUACAUUUGUGAAAACAGCAUUAGCGAUAACGGUAGCGUGCGUGGGUUUUAAUUCGAGCGGCGCCCCUGGAGUUUAGGAGGGGAACUGAGCCGACCGAGGAGGAACACAACGCGUGACCCUUGUUUUGUUCCGCUGUAAUGUCAAUGGAGCCUCACCGACAUCAAGGAUAACUGCUCUUGGACAGAGUUUUAACGGAUUACGGUUGCAUUUCACGAAAUCAAUGAAACUGGACAUUUUUCUACGAACGAGCACUACAAGCUAGCAGCCGGCAGCUAACUGGUAUUAAGCUCGUCAGCCAAAUUUAAGCGGUGAGGUAAACGCGACGCACAGGACUCGAAGGAACCAGAAAGCUUCUUAUAUCGGGAUAGUUGUCUUAUAAAUAAAAAAGUGCCAGGAUCAUGUGUGUGAUGUAGUCUUUUCAGCCUGAUGGUCGAACCCGUCAAACUAUCUUCUCAGGACAGCUUUAAGAUUAUUGUCUGGUUACGGUGAUGGAUGACACCCCAACCCUGAAGCCCAGACGGAUCCAGAAUCAGAACGUGGUUCAUCGACUAGAGAGGCGCAGGAUAUGCUCAGGCCAACCUGGAGCUCACUGGUACAGGGUGCGCUGCUUCCACCAGAAUCUGUUUCCCAACUUCACUGUGGUCAACGUAGAGAAGCCUCCAUGUUUUCUAAGAAAAUUCUCCCCUGAUGGACGCUGCUUCAUUGCCUUCUCAUCUGACCAAACGUCACUGGAGAUAUAUGAAUACCAAGGCUGUCAGGCAGCUCAGGACCUGCUAAGAGGGCAAGAGGGAGAGACUCUUCUAACAGCCAAUGAUCAGCGCUCCCUAAACAUUCGAGGACGCCUCUUCCAGCGCUUCUUCUCUUUGCUCCAUGUUACUAAUGUGGCCUCAAAUGGAGAACAUCUCAAUCGGGAGUGCAGCCUGUUCACAGAUGACUGUCGCUAUGUCAUUGUUGGGUCAGCUGUGUAUGUCCCUGAAGAGCCGCCGCCAUACUUCUUUGAGGUGUACCGCAACAAUGAGUCUGUGACUCCUAAUCCCCGGUCUCCUUUAGAAGACUACUCCCUUCAUAUUAUUGACCUCCACACCGGCAAGCUGUGUGACACCAGGUCCUUUAAGUGUGACAAGAUCAUCUUGUCCCACAACCAGGGCCUCUACCUCUACAGAAACAUCCUGGCCGUGCUGUCAGUGCAGCAGCAGACCAUACAUGUAUUUCAGGUCACUCCAGAGGGAACCUUUUUGGAUGUAAGGACAAUAGGCCGGUUUUGUUACGAGGACGACCUUUUGACUCUUUCGGCUGUUUAUACAGAGGCUCAGGCUGAGAGCCAAUCUGGCUACCCCCGCCUGUAUACCGAUAAAACCAUCAACUCUCUGAAGCACAGGCUGCUAGUCUACCUCUGGAGGAGAGCUGAACAGGAUGGCAGUGCCACUGCCAAGAGGAGGUUCUUCCAUUUUUUUGACCAGCUGAGGAGGCUGAGGAUGUGGAAGAUGCAGCUGCUGGAUGAGCAUCACCUCUUCAUUAAAUACACCAGCGAAGACGUGGUCACACUCAGAGUCACUGACCCCUCACAGCCUUCCUUUUUUGUCGUGUACAACAUGGUGUCUACAGAGGUGCUGGCUGUCUUUGAGAACACAUCUGAUCAGCUGUUGGAACUGUUCGAGAACUUUUGUGACCUGUACAGAAAUGCUACGCUGCACAGUCAGGCCGUCCAGUUCCCCUGCUCUGCUUCAUCCAACAACUACGCACGGCAGGUCCAGAGAAGAUUUAAAGAUACUAUUGUGAAUGCCAAAUAUGGCGGCCACACUGAGGCUGUGCGUCGGCUGCUGGGUCAGCUUCCCAUCAGUGCCCAGUCCUACAGCAGCAGCCCUUACCUUGACCUCUCCCUCUUCAGCUACGAUGACAAGUGGGUGUCGGUAAUGGAGAGGCCCAAGACCUGUGGAGACCACCCCAUCAGGUUUUACGCACGGGACUCUGGGCUGCUGAAGUUUAAGAUCCAGGCGGGCCUGUUGGGGCGGCCGGUGAACCACACUGUGCGGCGCUUGGUGGCCUUCACCUUCCACCCCUUCGAGCCCUUCGCUAUCUCUGUGCAGCGCACCAACGCCGAGUAUGUGGUCAACUUCCACAUGAGACACAUCUGCGCCUGAACAGCUGGCGCGUAUGUUUGCAACAAACUAAAAUCUGAGCCUGUGGACUCACUCAACAAACUGCAGGGUGUCUGUUAGCAGCUACUGGUGACAGUACAACAAACAUGUCUUCCAUCAGGAAGCACAAAACCACUUGUUCUGUUGGUUGCACUCUCCUCCUUUAGAGAAACCAGCAGCCCUCCCUUUGUAUUCUCCUCCCCCUGAUGGAAACUAUUGUUCCUCUCCCCUCCAUCCUGCAGCGGUUACUCUAUCCCCACCCCACCUUCCCCUCUGCGAGGAGGCAGCAAUUCUGCUUUUUCCUUUCACCUCUUCGUUCCUCCUUCCUCUGUGAACAAAGAGGGGGCCUGCAAGGGAGAGAGGCUGGAAUAAGUGUAAAUGGAGAUGUAGAGAGAGUGAUUGAUGUGCGACGGAGGUGGGAGCCAUAGGUAGCUGGACCUCUUUGAAGGAACCAAAGGUGUUUUUUUUUUCCUUCUUUUUUUUUUUAACUAUUCACCAAAAGCUCAGAAAUGUUUACCCAGUUGGUCUGUGACCAGUCAAACAAACUUUCUUUUCUGAUGUGGAUGGAGGCGUUUUAUAUGACGUUGUUUUUAGACUUUUGCAUUUUACAGUUUGUAUAUAUUUUAUGUCAAUAAAAGUGUUUGAAUUGUA